CGGGUACGUGCACAUGGUUGCAAGGGGACGGGUUACGCUCGUGGAUCCUUUCCCCAACUUCCAAGGUUUCCCUGGAUAUGUAGUGUGAUCUUCAGCCCAUAUGCACGGGUGUUCUUUGUCCUGUUCUGUGCUGUUCUCCCCCCCAACGCGGAGAUUGGAGAUUUCAGGCUAUGCGCGUCAUUUGCAACCAAGAGGGCAGCAAGCCAUGAAAGCCCUACCGAGCCCAGUAACCGAGUCGCGGGGGGCGAGAAUGGAAUAAAAGCAUUGUGGUUUCCCAUUCUUAGAUUCUUUGAUUGAAUCUAUUCCCCGAUCGCCAACUUCGAUCUCCCCACGUACCAACUUACCUAUGCUACGUACUUGCCGCGGAGUUAAGGAUUCAGAUAGGUAGAGAAGCGAAAAAAGAAAAGCCAUGGCAGGCUGGUAUUCUCUUGGGAUCGCCUUCUUCGCCGCCAUCGGCACAUUUCUCUUCGGAUUUGACACGGGCAUUGCUACUACCACCAUCGCUCACGAAAGCUGGAUCGAUUACAUGCACCACCCCUCCAAUGGACUCACCGGUGCGGUAGUAGCCGUGUACAUCGCCGGCGAAGCGAUCGGCGCUCUCACCCAAACCUUCAUAGGGGAUAGGCUAGGUCGUAUCCGGUUCAUGCAGCUGCUCUGCAUCAUCGUCACGAUCGGCACCACGAUCCAGACCGCCUCCGUCAACAUCGGCAUGUUUCUCGCGGGCCGCGCCAUCGCCGGCAUCGCGGUCGGCGGCAUGGUCGGCACCGUCCCGAUCUACCUCAGCGAGAUCUCGGCGCCGGACCAGCGCGGGCUCAUCGGCGGCAUCUCGGGUUGCGGCAUCGCCUUCGGCACCAUGGCGUCCAACUGGGUCGGCUUCGCCUGCUCGUACGCGCCGUACGGCGCCGUGCAGUGGCGCCUGCCCCUCGGCAUCCAGAUCCCCUGGGGCGUCAUCAUGUUCGCGGGCCUGUCGACCUUCAUGCCGGACUCGCCGCGCCAGCUGCUGCGCAACGGGAAGGUCGAGGCCGCGCGGCGCGAGUUCGCCCGCGUCCGCCGCGACCUCAAGUCCCACGACGAGGAGUUCGCGCUCAUGCGCGCGCAGAUCGAGUUCGAGAUGGCGCGCGAGAUCAAGUCCUACCGCGAGGUCUUCACGCUCUUCGGCCGCCGCGCGUUCGUCUCGAUUAUCGUGCAGACUAUGACGAGCUUGACGGGGAUCAAUGUUAUUCAAUACUACCAGACUACUUUAUACAAGUCGUUGGGCAUACAACAGGAAACGAUUCUCGCGCUGGCUGGCGUGUACGGCACUGUGGCAUUUAUUUCGAAUACUAUCACGACGCGGUUUUUGACGGACCAGUGGGGUCGUCGGAAGAUGAUUAUAUCGGGCACGGCGGGUUUAAUAUUGAUCAUGAUAUACUCUGCGGUGAUGCAGCGCGAGUUCCAGAACAGCAAUAACAGGCUUGGCAAAGGUUUCUCAGUCUUGGGUAUCUACCUGUACGUUGCGUGGUACUAUGCCAUGGUUAACAGCACAACGUGGCUCUAUGGCGCCGAAGUGUUGCCCAUCGCGCUAAGAAGCAAGGUGAUGGGACUCGCGGCGGCGGGUCACUUCAUCGUCAACGUCGCCGUGACGGAAGCCGGGCCCAGCGCGUUCGCUAACAUCGGCGAGAACUAUUAUUACGUCUUUGUCGGGUGCACGUUGGUCUUCCUGAUCAUCGCGUAUUUUUACUUCCCGGAAACGCGCCGGAAGACGCUCGAGGAGAUUGCGCGGGCUUUCGGCGAUAAAGUUGUGCUCGUUGACGAAGGUCCGAUCGAUGGUGAACACGUAGAUGGGCAGGACGAGGAAACGGGCAGCGUCGUGAAGGGUGAGAAUAAGGCUACGGCGUCCACUACUUCGACUAUUCCUCCUAGCCACGGGCCCACCCCGUAGUAGUAACUCUAAAUCAUCUAUACCUAUCUAAGAGAAGUUUGAAUCAUGAUAAUUACACGAGAGCGAAUCCUAAUGAUGACAUAGUACAUCGAAAUCGUAAUAAACACCCAGGUAUGGAGUCUC